AUGAACAUGAGCACCACAACCUCUGACUGCAUCCCUUCUUCCCGCCACAGCUUCUCUAGAUCUGGUCGCCAGACCCCAGAUCUGGGGUUCUUCCCGCCUCUGUCAGAGCAUUCGAUUGGCUGGCUCCUCCACAAUGGCGUAACUCUGAGCAACACCCCUCCCGCAGAGAACGAAUGCGAAGAUCCGCAUUUACGAUGUGGGCAGCGCGGACGAGUUCCCCUUCUGCAUCCACCUCGUCAGCUGGGAGAAGGAGAACGUGUCAAGCGAGGCGUUGGAGGCGGCGCGGAUAGCGUGCAACAAGUACAUGAGCAAGUGCUCACCAGCUGCAAGUGGGGCUUCACGAAGAUCGCUCGCGCUGACUUUGUGAAGUGGAAGCAGAAGAACAGGCUGGUGCACGAUGGAGUCAACGCCAAGCUGCUGGGCAACCACGGCCCUCUUGCUGACAGAAAGCCAGGCCAGCCUUCCUUACCCAGCCAGAGAAGCAUGAUGCUUAAAGCCAGGGUCUUAAAUAUUUCGCCAUUCUUUCACCUGCUAUCAUGUAGGGAUGAUUGGAUCUGUUAUUUUUUGGAGUACAGUGGCUACCAAAGCCAAGGUGGCCGUUGCCAGGCCGUGGUGCCAGCCUUCCCCAUGAUAAGCAUGCACACAACCAGUACUGCUCACUAA